CACGGGAGGUUAAUGGCGUCGGCGGAGCCUCUUGUGCUGCUUGGAGGGUCGAAGCGGUUCCUGGGAGGUGAUGUGCCCCAGCCUGAACCCAGACUGAGGAAAGCUCAGGUGUUUUCCCUCCUGCACAGUCCUGUCCGGGUGGCAAAGUCAGAGCUGCAAACAGAAGACGAAGAGGAUGCCAAGAAGAGCACUCUGGACAACAGAGAAUGAGAAGCAGCCUUAAAAUGCAAACCAAGCCUUCAAUCAAGAUUUUUUUCCAUUUCCUCCAGAAAGUGUAAAACCUCUUCUCCUUCCUCAGCAGAUGAAAGACAAGGGAAAGAAUAACAAGAACAAAGUUUUGAGCUGGAAAAAGUAGAGUAUGUGCAACUGAAGCAAACAUUAUCUAAGAAGUCAAGGGGGAUAAUAUCAGAAAAACAAAAAAGUGGAAACAAUUGAAAGUCAGUGAAAAGAAAAGGUUCCUUGGAUAGCCAAAAUGGACAGGUAUUAAUGAAAAUCUUUGACAAAGGAAAGAAUGACUUGAAUAAAAGAACCUCCAAGUAAUAGAUCAGAAAUAUUUUUGGCUUCCUGAAGAGUUCAUGAAUAUCAGUGUGUGAAAAACCACACAGACUGCCUAUUGUGGGAAAAACACAGAUUGCAGAUCUUAGCUGAUGAAAACCCAUACAAAUAUUGCAAGCGCGGCAAGAGAUUUACUCAAAAAAUCUUCCUCAUGAUUCUUGGAAGGACCAAUACUAAAGACAAGCUCUAUCAGUACUCCCAAUGUGAUAAAGGAUUUAGCAUGCAGACCAAUCUGGUAAGACACAAGAGGACUCGCACUAAGAAGAAACCAUAUGAAUGUCCGGAUUGUGGGAAAAGCUUUGCACGGAAUUCUGAACUGGUGAUACACAAAAGGACUCACACGGGAGAGAAACCAUAUGAAUGUCCAGAGUGUGGGAAAAGUUUCACACGGAAUUCUGACCUGGUGAUACACAAGAGGAUUCACACAGGAGAGAAACCAUAUGAAUGUCUGGAUUGUGGAAAAAGCUUCACGCAGAAUUCUGACCUGGUGAUACAUAAAAGGACUCACACGGGAGAAAAACCAUAUGAGUGUCAAGAUUGUGGGAAAAGUUUCAGUCAGAAUUCCAAUCUGGUGGCACAUCAGAGGAUUCACACAGGACAAAAACCGUAUGAAUGUCCAGUUUGUGGGAAAGGUUUCUGUCAGAAUUCCACCCUGGUGGAUCAUCAGAGAACUCACACAGGAGAGAAACCAUAUAAGUGUUGCGAUUGUGGGAAGGGUUUCACUCACAAUUCUAGCCUGGUGGUACACAAGAGGACUCACACAGGAGAGAAACCAUACAAGUGUUGUGAUUGUGGGAGAAAUUUUAGUCAGAAUUCCAAGCUAGUGAUACACCAGAGGACUCACACAGGAGAGAAACCAUAUGAGUGUCCGGAUUGUGAGAAAAGUUUCAGUCAGAAUUCCAGCCUGGUGAUUCACCAGAGGACUCAUACGGGAGAGAAACCAUAUAAGUGUCCAGAUUGUGGGAAAAGUUUCAGUCAGAAUUCCAAUCUGGUGAGACAUCGGAGGACUCACACGGGAGAGAAACCAUAUGAAUGUUCAGAUUGUGGGAAAAGUUUCCAGGAUAAUUCCAACCUGGUGAAACAUCAGAGGACUCACACAGGAGAAAAACCAUAUAAGUGUCUUGAAUGUGGGAAAAGUUUCAGUCGGAAUUCCCAUUUGGUAAUACACUGGAGGACUCACACAGGAGAGAAACCCUAUGAAUGUCCAGAUUGUGGGAAAGAUUUCAGUACUAGGUCUAGCCUUAUAAAUCACGUAAGGUUGCACAUAGGGGAGUAACCAUUCAACUACCCAGGUUGCGGACAAACAUUGUUUUGGACAAAAUUCCUCCCUUACCCCACACAAGAAAUUGCACUUGAGGCAAAAUUUGAUGUCUGUAGAGGAAUCUGGAAUUUUGUUUCUUAUCUCUCGUUUGUAACCCAGCUGAGCAAUUUGCCAUUUAAUUUCUUGCAUGAUUCUUUUCAGUGAAAAUAUGCCCUGUAGCACUGCAUGGCACUGAAUGCUGGGUAGCAAAAACUGGGACCAAAGGCUAUCUCCAUGGCAUGGAAACGCCAAAUGCUCCGUUAGAUAUCGGGCAACUCCUUAACCACAGUACAAAUGACACUAUUCGACAGCAUUUUGGUGUGGCAGCAAUUAUAGAGAAGAUGAGAGAAGGCCGACCCUGCUGGUGUGGACAGGGACCAGCACCAUCCACCAUGGCCAAGACUUCCUACCAACUAGAGGUCAAUGGCUGGCAACCUCGUGGGCAUCCAAAACAGAGAUGGCACGACACCAUCAACAAAGAUGUGCAAACCUUGGGCCUGUGUCCUGAAGAUGCAGCUGACCGUACAAAAUGGCAUUCAGUGAUACGAAAAGCAAACCCUGCACCUGCAGGAAUAUGCUAGAAAGAAGGUGGGUUUUUUUAGAGAAAGAAGGUUCUUUUAGUGAAACAUCUUAGCAUCAAACAUGAGGGAUAGAAAGAUCAGAUAGGAUAAUCUGUAUUAUAUUUGCCACCUUGAGUUAUUUCUACAUAUAAAAAAAAGGGAUAUAAGUAUGUAUGUAUUUUUACUCAGUAACAAAAUGUAUAGAGCAACCCAACUCAUGUGACUUCACUUAGUUUACAGCAAUAAAACCUUAUUACAGAAACCAAUAAACUCCGUAUGUUGCAGGUGGCAAAAUGCAAAGUAUGCAUUUAAAAUGUACUUGCCCUGCAAACACAGGUCACUUCUAGUGAAGUUGAUGGCAUUUUGAUGACCUGGGAAUCCCGAAAAGGUGAUUCUUACUUUUGUUCAAUUUUGAACUUAACCAGGCUUCCUGCCUUUACUAAUUCUGUUCAUGUCAGGUGCCUUUCUUGCUCAAAACCGGUUAAUCUUUCUCCUUGCAAGGAGUCAAAUUGGGGAAGUUAACCACAGGAUCUGCGGCAUGUAAAUUUAAUAAAUAUAAACAAAAACCUGGCUCCA